UGGAGUUGAUCAACGGUCUUUAGGUGUGUCAUAAGCUCUUUCUCUCACCAUGGAAUCUUGGUGGGGGACCUUGUGGACAUAUCUUGAUUUUUCUAUAAGCUAAUACUUAGUUUGCGAGUUAGUUGGUCUAAGGACCAGUCCUUGGGAAAAUCCGAAGGGUCAGGGCCAGGCGGUGAGACCAGUAGCUUCAGUCAUGAAGAACUUGGUUCAUGGAAUUAAGGAAAAGACACCUAUGGGUUUCUGCGAUGUCCCAAGAAAAAAGUUGUUGGACAUUUUACAUGAUAUGAAAAGCGUUUCUGUCCCAAACAAACCCAGAUACAAACCUCUCAAAAAGAUCCACCAGGCUGCAAGUGAAGGUGAUGUCAAGAGACUGCAGAGAAUGAUAAACCUUGGGAAACACAGCGUGCAUGACAGAGACUUUAAGGAAAGGACUGCUCUGCAUUUCGCUUGUGUCUAUGGCCGGGAAGAAGUAGUAAGUGUUCUACUGAGAAAUAAUUGUGACAUUGAUGCUAUUGACAGGAACUCCAUCACACCUCUGAUGAAGGCUGUACAAAACUGGACAUAUGGAUGCAUGUGUACAUUGUUGAAGCAUGGUGCUGAUCCAAAUCUUAUGGACAAAAAUGGCAAUACUUCUCUUCACUAUGCUGUGUCUGAAGACAAUCAGAAGCUGGCUGAAUAUUUGCUUAAAUACAAU